AUGCUAGCUUCGAGGAUUCAACUCAGCACACAUCAAAUAACAAAUUACAUUCAAAACAAACGGUUUUAUAGAUUCCGUCGUGGUCUCAAAUAUAAUCAUUUUUUACCUUGUCUCUGUGAGCAACAUAUUCAAUUAUCACAAGAUACUCAAAGAUGUCAGACUUGUUUAUUAAGAGAAGAAUAUCCACCGGUACCUCUAUCGACUGUCCGUUAUUUAUUAUAUUCAUUCAAUAGACUCCCCGUUUCGUUAGAUACAGUUUUGUUGGAGCAGUUAGUCGAUAUGACCAUACAAUCUACAACAACAAAACAAUUACCCAACAACAAAAUAAUUGAUAUACAGUGUAAAACAAGAAAGGAAGCACCUGCAUCCAAGGAAGGGCUGAAAUCUAUCUGUAAACGACUCAAGAACAAAUUCACCAACGGAGUAAUAAAUACUCCGUUUCGGUUCCAUAUCCACAAGAAGCAAACCAGUAGAAGAUCUGGAAGUAGACGAGAAAGAUUGUUGUCAUUAAGAAGAGUACCGAGAUAUCAUGAGCCUCCAAUACGAUACUCCGUCAAACGAACUAUUUCUAGUACUUCUACCUCAUCUUCAUCCUCAUCAACAGUAUCAACAGUAUCAUUUUCAUCCUUGUUGUCAUCCCAGAACGACUACCUUCAUCGUUCCGGCAGGACAAUGGCAACAAGAACAACCACAACGACACAUUCAACAAAUGUUCUCAAUAUUUUAUUUUCAUCCUCACCAUUAAUCACCACUUAA